AUGGUAGACUCCACUGAUGUAUUGAAUGCGGAAAAGCACGAGACCGGCUCGUUUGAAGGCUAUCCAGAAGGUAGCGAUGGUGAAUCAAGCCUUGACCGAACUACGCUGGGUGUUUACAAGGUAACAUAUCUUGCGCAGGAUCUUGCAGAUGCGGCAAAGGGUGAUAAACUCCAGGUUCAGAACGACGCUGCAAGCCGUCUCCGCAAGAUGCUGUUUACUGUCGAGACGAAGCUCAGGACUAGUGGCUCACCAGUCCCUGUGGCUUCUGAGCCGACGUCACCACGAGCGAGGCUCGUCGACGACCGUGGGAACUGCUUGCUAGGCUGUGGGGGCAAAUGCAAGUGCUUGAGCUACCCUCGAGUCCCACCAGAUGACGACGAGUCCGAUGAUGAUCUGUAUCUUAUGAGCGGCGCUCUAGGCAGUGAGGUCAACUCUCGCAGGUCCGCUCGAUCAAGUUCAGCCGUGAGCAACGAAGAUGGGGGACCACAUGAGCCAGACGGCGACCUAUGCAUUCGCGACAAGCCUACACCCCGUCGAGGAGAUAUGGCAGGUAAGACAUCUCUGGGCUAG